AUGACUCGAGAACAUUCUCCUGCGGAUGACUCGCCGCUGUCAUCAAUGGCGUCGUCCGACGAGGAAGAGAUUUUCGCGGACGAGGUGCCAGAAGCCGUCGACGAACCAGAGGAGCCACCAACAAAGCGUAUCAAAGUUACCACCGGGUCGACAGCCUCAUCGGCUGUUAUCCAAGAGCCCGAGGCAGACCCAGAUUUUCCAGACGGCAUGUCUGAUGUCUCCUCCGAUACCGAUGGCGACAUCCCGAGUUCCCCAAUUAAUGCGCGACAAGACGAAGAUGACUUCCAGGAGCAAGUCACUGUCUGUGCUUGGGAAGGUUGCAAAGUUGGGGAUUUGGGAAAUAUGGAUAGGCUCGUUGAACACAUUCACAACUCGCACAUCGAAGGUCGACAGAAAAAGUACACGUGUGAAUGGAUCGGGUGUAGUAGGAAGAGCUUACCGCAUGCCAGCGGCUAUGCGCUCAAGGCGCACAUGCGAUCUCACACGAGGGAAAAGCCAUUUUACUGUUAUUUGCCAGAAUGCGACCGCGCUUUUACACGUUCCGAUGCCCUAGCCAAACAUAUGCGGACAGUCCACGAGACCGAAGCUCUACGACCUUCUGACCCGGUGCCCAAGAGUAUGCAAGCAGGGGGCGGUCCGGCUGGAAAGUCAGCCAAGGUAAAGAUCAUCAUUCGAAGGCCGGAUUCUCAUGCGGCCGGACAAGACGACUCAGUUGACGAUGCUAGCGGCGGAGACGACGGGGCUGAUUUCACACCCUUGACUGAAGACCACGGUUUCACUACCAAGGAACUCGACAUGCCGCUCGACAGGUUGAUGAAGCUGUGUCGACUACAAGUCAAGUUGGUAGAAGCGGAAGGCGAGAAGCUGCGCAAGGACUGCAAACUCUGGGAAGAGCUGUACAAGCAGGAGUGGCUUGAAAAGGAAAUCCUCCUCGAUCAGGUCGUACGCAGCGAACAGGCCUGGCACGCACGCCGUCAAGCCGUGUUAAAAGGUAUGGCGGACGUUCAGCUGCCGGAAAAAGCUGUGGCAAAUGGGGCAGCUGGUGAGGACGAUACAGCCGAGGCCGCCAGACUCACUGUGGAGGAAUAG